AUAGUUUGGUUAUUUGUUUAUUUCUUUUCAAUAAAUUGCCAACAAACCAACUCCUGAUUCUCUCCUAAAUUCCUAAUCCAGUAUUUACAGAGCAAUAUUUGCUAGUUAUUUGGUUCCUAACCUAUAGGGAAUUUUCCUGAUUUUUUUUUUUUUUUUGGGGUUUUGAAAAAGAUUGUGAUAUUCUUAUUCAAAACAUAGACCCACACCCACAUCCUUUUAACUCUCUGAUGGAACCAAAGAAAAGCAGAAACGUUUUUCCAAAUUUGAAUUAAAUUCCAAUCCCCUUCCCUUUUCUUUGCUUCGUCAGCCAUUUUUGGCCUUUCCAAUCAUGCUGUCUUCUCCCUUUCUCUCUCUCUCUAAAAUCAACCAAAUAAGCUUUGAAUCCUUUUGAAACGAUCCAAAAACCCAUCAUCAUUCACAAACUGGGUUUUCAUUUUCAGCCAUAAAUGCCAAGAAACAAGUAAGAAAGAACCCAUCUUUCUGAACUCAAAGUCGGAGCCUUUCUUUUUUCCUCCAUUUUCUCAAACUCAAGCAAUGGCGAAGAGUAGUCCUACUGCUUCAGAGGAAAAAGAAGAAGCAAUAACCCACUUGGAGUUGCUCAAGAAACUCAAGCGAAUAAACUCUCUAGAACAUUCUCUUGGAGUCCUCGGAUUAUUCUUGGUCUCCGUUCUCUUCAUCACUUCAUUCUUCUACUUGGACUUCGAAACCGUUUCCAUAAAGCUUCGCUCCAGUGGGACUUGGCUGGGAUUGCAUGAUCCCUCCUUAUCGCCAUUGUCGUCGUCUUCUUCUUCUUCUUCUUCAACGACAACGACAAAAACGACAAUCUGCGAGAAUGAACGGCUGGGAUUUCUUGAUGAAGGCAGUGGUGAUUGUAACAUAUUCGAAGGAAGUUGGGUUUGGGACGAGAGUUAUCCGCUGUACGAGUCACGGAAUUGCCUUUUUGCGGACCCGGGUUUUCAGUGCUCCGAGAAUGGAAGACCUGAUGGUUUCUACACCAAAUGGCGUUGGCAGCCUAAAGAUUGCAACUUGCCAAGAUUUGAAGCAGCUAAGAUGUUGGAAAAGCUGAGGAACAAGCGCCUCGUAUUCGCCGGCGACUCGUUGGGGAGGAACCAGUGGGAAUCCCUCCUCUGCAUGCUCUCUACUGCUGUUUCUAAGAAGUCUUCAAUCUACGAGGUCAAUGGGACUCCAAUCACGAAGCACUCGGGAUCCUUGAUCUUCAAGUUUGAGGACUUCAACUGCACCAUUGAGUACUACAGAUCACCGUUUCUAGUCGUGCAGGGCCAUCCUCCUGCCGGCGCUCCUGCAGGCGUGAGGUUCACAAUGAGAGUGGAUCAAAUGGACUGGAGUUCGGUUCAUUGGAGGGACGCGGAUGUAUUGAUUCUCAACACUGGUCAUUGGUGGACUUACGAGAAGACUAUAAAAGUGGGCUGUUACUUUCAAGAAGGGAAGAAGGUGAAGAAGGAUAUGAGUGUUGAAACUGGAUACAAGAAAUCAAUCGAGUCAGUCAUUCACUGGAUUGGUAACAAAGUGGACAUGAACAAGACUACUGUCUUCUUCCGAACCUAUUCCCCGGUUCAUUUCAGAGAUGGUGAUUGGAAUACCGGAGGUGGUUGUCACAUGGAGACUCUACCUAACUUAGAUCCAGUGCCUGUUUUAUCCGAACCCCAUUUUGAUACCUUUCUUGAAGUAUUAGCUGAGCACUCGAACGAGUCUCAUUUGAGGAAAUUGGAUGUGUUGAACAUAACGGACAUGACAUCAAGAAGAAAAGAUGGCCACCCAUCAAUAUACUAUCUGGGACCGAGGAAUGGGCCAGCGUCUUUCCGCCAUCAAGACUGCAGCCACUGGUGCCUUCCUGGUGUGCCCGAUAUAUGGAAUGAGCUUCUUUACGUGGUCUUCCUCAAGAAAGAAUUAAUUCGUGAAGGAAAUGCGAGAAGUCCUAGUGGGUCUCCAUUGUGAUGUAGGUUUGCUGAAUCCGAAUCCGAAUCCGAUCACACCUACGUGAUAUACUAUUAUAAACCAACGUGCUGUUGGUGCUUCUGCUCUCGUGAUUUUGAUCGAAAUAUUUUGCUGGAAGCCAGAAGGUGGAUGUUUCUCCAUUGCAGCGAGUAUUUAUCUUUUUGUGUAUGUGGGAAAUUACGCCUCACAAGGGUAAUGCAGAGAAGAUAAUUUAAAUUUCUGGCACGAACAAAAGAUGUGUGAAUGAGAGAGAAAUCAGGGUGGCUUCAUGAGAAAUGGUGGACACAGAAUGGUUGGUUAUAGGAACCGUGAUUUAAAGUGUUAUUUACACAAAACUUGAUGUUUAGAACAGAUUUAUUUGUUUUUUUUUUUUUUCAUUUUGUAAAAACGGAAAAAUUAAAGUUUGAAUAGCUCUUGUACCAUUUUGUGAAGAAAAAAAGGAAUUAAAGGUGGUCUUAUCUAAUGUAUACUCUGCUGCUAUUGGU